AUGGAAAUAAAAGUCGGGAGCUUUAAUAUUUUGAACACCAGCUGCAGAUAUCAUGAGAGAAAGCACUUACUUCCCUUCAAGAACGAGCAGAAAAAUCUUACUGGGUAAUUUUUUAUAUCUUAUUAUAUGUAUUUUUUUAAAACUUUAUUUGCAAUAUAGAAAAAAAAAUCUAUUACGAAUUGUCAUAAUCUUGGAAAGGUCUCUAAACAUCGGUACAUUUCCCACCUAUAGAGCCCAAAGCUCGCAUGCGAGCCGCUCAAGUGUAGUAACUUCACAUGUGGGAAAUGUUCCAACAUGUAGAGAGACUCCGAAAAAUUAUGCUAGCAUAAUAAUUUAAUUUAAGGACUUUAUGUUUAAGAAUGAAGCCUGUAUAAAUUUAAAAAAAUUAGCUAUAGUUAAAUAUAAAUAUUUUAUGUAAAAAUGUAUAUUAAAAAAAUAUUGUACUAAUUUUCCAUAAAAUCGGUUUUUUCCAAAGGUGUUGGCCACCUUAAAGGAGAAAAAGUUAGUCUCCCGUGCCAUAGGUGAUAUGAAUUGUGACUUCCUUGGCCUUCAAGAAAUUAACUUUCAAGGAAAUCGUGAUAUCCUUGCACUACCUCAUUACACUCUUAAACUUUCUCAACUGCCAUCUCCGAUGACUAAAGCAGAGCCUGAAUUCCGCAUUGAUGGAAAUGCGACCUUAAUAAAAUCUCAGUUUCCUAUCCUUGACGAAGCUGUUUUUACUUACAAUUCAAGACUUAGGGUUGCCCAAAGGUUCAAAUGCUCAUUAGGCUCUCAAGAUAUUUGGUUUAUUAAUACUCAUUUAGAUCAUUUGUCUGAUGAGACAAGGCUGGCGCAAGUUCAGGAAUUGAUAGAAUGGAUAAAUCCUAUUUUAUACUGUUUCUGGUUUAUAUUUAUAAUUAAAUUAAUAUGAUUAAUUUAUAAUAAAUUCACAUUAAAAUUCAUAUUUUCGAACAUCAUACUAGUAGGAGAUUUUAAUUUUAUUCCAAAUUCAGAGCCUUAUAAGCUGAUGACGAAAUAUUUUAAAUCAGCUUUUAAGCAGUGCAAUGGAGAAGAGCCAGUACUAACAUUUCCUACAGGACUAUACGGGCCAUGGGCUGAUAUUGAUAGAUAUGGGGCAUUUGAUUAUGUUUUUAUCAGAGGGAAUCUUGAAUGCAUUAAAGCAGAUGUAGUGACAAACAUUGGAAGAGGCUCUUUAUUCCCAAGUGAUCAUUUCCCAAUUUCAACAGUUAUAAGAAUUAAAUAG